GAGGAGGGGGGGGGGACCCUUUAGCCAAGGGGAAUAGUAACGAGGUGGGGCUUGUAUUUAAAUCUCCAGUAAGUGAAUGUGAAGGGGAGUGUGUUAUGUAUAUAAAGUGCAGAUUUCAUCUCCCUGCUAGACACAGCCAGCUAUGAAAGGCAAGAGGAGAUUAAUGAAGACUCUCCAUGAGAAUAAGGUCACUAGUGCUGGGCACUGCCAUAUACACACACAUACACAUAUAUAUAUACACUCACACUCACACAGGGGCUGCUGGAGCGCACGGGCACACUGACAAGUUGAUGGGCAAACGCAUCUGAUCUCUCGACUCUGUUAACAAACAGAAUUAUUAUUGUUAUAUAUAUAUAUAUAUUUUUUUUUUUUUCCUUUUUGAAGUUGAGACCAGACAACGUGUAACCCCAUUCCUGCCAUGGCUGAGAUUGGGAGCGUUUUGGAUUUUCAUGGAUCGACCUCUUCUAUUGGGAAUGUGCCUUUAGCCGACUCUCCCGGCUUUCUCAAUGAGAGACUGGGGCAGAUAGAAGGGAGGCUGCAGAGAGGCUCCCCCAUGGAUUUUGCCCACUUGAAGGGCAUCCUGAGGAGGAGGCAACUUUACUGCAAGACUGGCUUUCACCUGGAAAUCUUCCCCAAUGGGACUGUACAUGGCACAAGACAGGACCACAGCAGAUAUGGGAUCCUGGAAUUUAUCAGCCUUGCUGUUGGACUUGUUAGCAUUCGUGGUGUGGACUCUGGACUGUACCUGGGCAUGAACGAGAGAGGCGAACUGUAUGGGUCGAAGAAGCUGAACAGAGAAUGUGUUUUCCGAGAGCAGUUUGAAGAGAACUGGUACAACACGUAUGCCUCCACCUUGUAUAAACAUGCAGACUCGGACCGGCAAUUGUAUGUGGCUUUAAACAAAGAUGGCUCCCCAAGAGAUGGAUACAGGACUAAGCGAUACCAAAAGUUCACAAACUUCUUGCCAAGACCAGUGGAUCCUUCAAAAAUACCAGUUAUGUUCAGAGAUCUUUAUCACUAUAGGUGAUAUUCCCAGGCUGCUUGUGCUACAUCAUGUACAUACCCUGGGAUGACUGCUAGACUGCCAUUUAAAAAUGCUUCUUGUAUGAAAGCGUGAUGCCUUUGAAGGGUGUCAAGGGGACAUUUUUAAACAGUUAGAGAGAGAGAGAAGGGAAAGCGCCUUUUGAAUAUAGACCACUUUAUCUUUUUAUUAAGAAGAUAAUUACAUUUGUAAAUAAUUCUAAGACAAUAGGUACUCUGUACCAAACUCUACCAUCAAACCUUUACCACUGGUUUCUAGUCUACCUUUACCACUGGUUCCUAGUCUCUGGAACUCUUUAUAGAUAACUAUUCCUGUGCUUGGUUGAGUUAAGAUGAGGCCUUCAGUAAUGAGUGGUAAGGAAGGCCCUUGCUGCCAUAUUGAGCCUUUCAUUACUGAGUACUUCACAUGAGAGAGUGAUGGUACUUUCUCAGUAUCAUCAUUGUAAAAGGGGACAUGUAUUUGUUCAUGCUUAAAUAGAAAAAAGGGUGAGAUUCUUUUUGGAAUCUAUAAUAAAUAGAAGCAGGAGUAUGUGUAUAACAUGGAGCAAUACUGGUACUGUGGUAUAUAGAUAUUUGACCCCCCCCCCCUCAAUACAAGAGUUUUUCAGAAAUAAAUGUCAGAAUAAACUCAGCCUAAGAAUUCACCUCUAGUAACCAAACCACAAAAAGCUACUAAACGACUGUGAAAAAAAUCACUGAAUUCAUCCACACACGAAAGCUGAACAUUUGACUAGAAGCUCCUGGGAGCUGGGGACAUCUAAAGAUGGCUGAGAUGCUCAUUAUUUCAGAUUUCAGUGGGAAAAAAAACAUUCCAAUAAAAUAUGAAUAAAUCUAAUGGCCAGCAUGUGGCCCUUUAGAUGUUGUUGGACUCCCAGUACCCCCUUGAUAGUGUAUGGUUGAAGGUCUAGUUUUAACAACAUCUGAGGGCCACAGAUCGCUGGCUCCAUCCAACCUCUGAACAACUGCAGAAUUCUGAAGACAAUGCAUCUCUUUUUAAGGACCACUAUACCUUCAUUUUUUCAUGUUCCUUGUGAUUUGUCUAGUGGAAAUGUUAAGGGGUGAAUGUAUAAUUAGUUUCCUUGUGUCUCUUUUCCACUAGCAUUUAUAAGGGUGUUAGCAUUCAGCUUGCAAAUUUAGCCUUGCCUAAGACUCAGCAUCAUUUCCCAUAAGCCCUGUACUGUGUUGUAAUGCCCUAACAAGAAGCUAAAUAUAGGAAUCAUAAUAGCUGGGGCAAGACCCAUGACCUGUACCAUAUAACGAAAGUAGCUUAUGUAUGGUCCCUUUCUAAUGACAAUUCUAUAUGAGGGUAUAAUGGUCCUUUUGAGCAAAUAUAAGCCACUAGCAGCCUCCCGAAUAGCCUCUGUACUAAAUGCCACAUAUGUUAAAGGCAGGUUUGUUUCCUUGAGUAGGGAAAGUAUAUUCUCCCUGUGUUAUUCAGGAUUCUCAGCAUUACCACUAUGUGUAAACUACAACCAAGUGUAUACUUUUUUAACAAAAAGAAAAAAACCCCAAAAAAAAGUCUAAACACAGACCCACUUAUCUAUCAAGCACACAUACCACGAAACAUCUCAGUUCUUAGAAACGUCGGCACUUAAACAAUGAUGCCAAAAUUAUGUUAUUAGUGUAUAGAAAAUCUGUAUUGUUGGUAUGGGAUUUUUGUAUGUAAUUCAGUUUUAAUGUCAUCUCAGAUAUAAAGAUAUGCUAAGAUCUGGUGAAGACCGUUAGUAUGAUAUUGAGACAAUAAUAUCUACAUAUGGGCUGCAAAUACCCACUAUCACACCGCACAUCCCAAUAGGGCAGCACAUACAUUUGCGAUUUGUUGGGUGAUAGUAUGUGGUAUAGGAAUGUUGUAAUGCCUCAAAGUUCCCAGAGUGAAACCGACAUCAUCUGCAGCAGAAGUGGUAUGUACCAGCACUCUGCACUGGAGCUUGGAGACCACUGAGCUGUUCUCUAGGGUUGCCAACUUUCCUAGUAAAUAAUAUUGAAAUUCCUGUUACAUUUCUUCCGUAUUGAUUACAUGAGCACGAACCAGCACUGGUCAAGCUAACCAUGCCCACCACCUUCCUCAGCUUUCCCUGUUAUGAGGAAGCUGGAUUUAUUUGUAGGGAAUCAAGCCUGGCCAGAGACCUCUGUAGCUCUGCUCUGAUUAGGAACUUGGCAUAUCACCUUCCAAGUAACUACAACUUUCUAGCCCAGAUUCGUGUCCAUCUGCCCAUCAAUGAGCAUUGUCUUCUAAGAGGAUCCAAAACCAUAAAGAAUUGGAUACAGCUGUUUCGGAACUGGAUUUUCCAGCAUUUCCCCAAAAUCCAGUGGAUGACGUUCUCCAGAAGUCUUACUUUCGGAUUACAGAAAUAUAUAGAACUUAAUCCCCCUCAAAACACGAUGCUCCUGUUUUCAAGGAACGUUACUAAAGUUACAAGCAUGGACACUGUGCAUAAGGACGAAAAAAAAAAACUAUUUAUGAAAUGUAUAUGAUAUUUAUUUUAUAUAUUUAUUUAUUUCAAAUAAUUUUAUUUUUAAUGAGAGAUGCUUAUGACCAGAUUUUUCAUCAGGAGGAAGAAAAAAAAUGUCCUACUGAAACAUUAAUAACUAAGAAUAAUUUUGAAUUUCUAAGAGCUUAUCGGCAAUAAAAUUGUCUUUAUAUUGUGAA